CAACAGUAUUACUAUACUGUGACGCCCGGGCGCACAGACAACUUCUCAGUUAUGGUAGUUGUUUCCCACCGAAUAUUGGUAGCCUCAAACAUGUUAAUUGUAGCGGAAUUAAACAAAAUAAUAUAAAUACAUCGAGUAGUAAUAAUUUAUAUUGCCUAAAGUAUGCUGGCUCAUGUGUUAGUUGAUAGUAAAGAUAACUGUGUACUUAUCGUGUCAUUUUCCUUACAAUUUAUUUUAUUUAUAUAAAGAAAUCGCGAUGUUUGCCACUACUACAGCCCCUUUUAGUAUAUCGCACUGCCGCUAUGUAUACAUCUAAGCUAACCACAAAUUCCUACUAAUUGUUAUCUACAUAUACCUAUUUCAGUUCUGCAGUUCAGUUUAAGCCGUAAACUGCCUGGGAAUAAGAGGUCAUAAUACGCCAGCUGAUUACAUUCAUAAAUCGUAAAAUAAUCGUUACGAAUAACAUUAUUUAUAGUUAUUUACGUUAGGUAUGAUCGAUAUUAACAUCGCUCUAUAAAUAUCGAAUAGGAAAGGUCGAUGACAGUCGAUGUCAGAAACAUUAUUGGCCUAAUGGCCUUAUUUAGGUCUCUGUAUCAAAGUAUAUAAAUAUUAUAUAUGUAAUUAAUUAUGUAUAAUAUAUUUUACAACUUUACAUACUGUGACACUGACGACAGAUAACGAUAAGAACAGUGCCAACUCUUGUAGUUAAAACGCUUCUCUUCAAGUUAUAUACAAUUAAGUACAUUCGAAUCGUUGCAAUAGAUUAAUUAAAUCAUGGCAUCAACAAUAGAACUUUCCAGUCUAGACAAGUCAUUGACUAAUGCAUUAUCUGGUGACACCUUAAAGGAAUUUAAUAGGAUAUAUUAUGGGAGGACUGAACAUCAUGAACUUCCUGUAACUACCAAAAAUCAGAAUUUUGAUAUAGCUGCAUACAAUUUUCCGACAAAAAAAGAAGAAACCAGAAGCCCUCGCAUUAUUAGAGUGGGCAUAAUUCAACAUUCAAUUGCCGUUUCUACUGAUAAAUCUAUUGUAGAACAAAGACAGGCCAUUUUUGAAAAAAUAAGUAUGAUUAUUGAAGCAGCUGGUGACGAGGGUGUAAAUAUACUUUGUUUACAAGAAGCUUGGAGUAUGCCAUUUGCAUUUUGUACACGAGAAAAACAGCCAUGGUGUGAAUUUGCUGAAUCUGCACACAAUGGACCAAGUUACCAGUUUCUAAGAGAAUAUGCAACUAGGUAUGGCAUGGUCAUUAUAUCUCCUAUUUUAGAAAGAGAUGAAACACAUGGAGAUACUAUAUGGAAUACAGCAGUGGUUAUAAAUGAAAGUGGCAGUGUUAUUGGGAAACAUAGAAAGAAUCAUAUACCUAGAGUAGGUGAUUUCAAUGAAUCUACAUAUUAUUUUGAAGGAAACACUGGUCACCCAGUAUUUGAAACGAAGUUUGGGAAAGUAGCUAUAAAUAUAUGCUAUGGACGUCACCAUCCACUUAAUUGGCUUAUGUUUGGAAUUAAUGGGGCAGAAAUUGUUUUCAAUCCAUCUGCAACUGUUGCUGGAUUGAGUGAACACUUAUGGGGAGUAGAAGCACGUAAUGCAGCCAUUGCUAACAGUUACUUCACAUGUGCAAUUAAUAGAGUAGGGACUGAAAGUUUCCCUAAUGAAUUUACAUCUGGAGAUGGCAAGCCAGCUCACAAAGAAUUUGGUCACUUUUAUGGUUCAAGCUAUGUAACAGCACCUGAUGGAUCAAGGUCACCUGGUUUAUCCCGAACGAAAGAUGGUUUAUUGAUAGCACAAUUAGAUUUAAACCUUUGCAGACAAAUAAAAGAUAAAUGGGGAUUUACUAUGACUCAACGUCUUGACUUGUAUGCUGAUAGUCUCCAGAAUGCUGUUAAACAUGAUUUUGAACCUCAAGUAAUUAAAAAUAAUUAAUGUAUAUUUUUUUACUACUUCUUUUAUUUUGUUAUGUUUGUUACUAAAGGAAUAUAAAUUAAACAAUUAUGUAUAAACAUUGUGUAUUAAUGAGGAUAUUUUAGAUGUGAGCUAUACAUAAAUAUAUGGUUUUACUUCAGACUGGGAUACAUACAGAUAAUAGAAUUUCUUAUUUAAUAAUAAUAUUUCUUAUUUGAGCAUUGAAGUUUAAUAAUUCUGUUCAGUCAAUUUAUUUAUUAAACCUAUACAAAUAAGUGUUACAAAUAAAUAUUUAACAUAACAAUGAAAUGCAGAUAAAAGUAGUUAAUCAAUAGCAGAAUUUACAGUACUACCAAAAUGUAUUAAUUCAUUUAAAUGUUGUGAAUUCAAUGUUUCCAAGAAUGAAAA